AUGCCCAGAGCUAUAGCUUCAAAUCAUGUUGCGCUUUAUGGCGAAAUAGUACCAGGAACUAUCAUAUAUGAUGUAGAUAGUGGUAAAAUAUUGGACAUAAUUUGCGGGAAAGUUGCUAGUAGGAACCAUUUGGCAGGCUUAGGUUGGGAAGUGGACACUUACGAAAUAGUAUCGCCAUACUUGAUAAUGCCUGGACUUGUUGAUUCCCAUGUUCAUUUGAACGAACCAGGCAGAACAGAGUGGGAAGGAUUUGAGACGGGCACAAAGGCUGCUGUUUCUGGGGGAGUGACUACAGUGAUUGACAUGCCAUUGAACGCAAUUCCUCCAACAGUCAACGUUGAGAAUUUUAAGUUGAAGCUUGCAGCAGCUGAGGGACAAUUGUGGUGCGAUGUUGGAUUUUGGGGAGGAUUAGUGCCGGAUAAUUUGAAGGAUUUAAAGCCUCUUAUCGAUGCUGGUGUUCGGGGUUUCAAAGGGUUCCUCAUAGACUCUGGUGUGGACGAAUUUCCAGCGAUUGACAAGAAGUACAUUCAGGACGCAUUGGACUUGUUGCAAGGCGAGAAGACGAUGAUAAUGUUCCAUGCAGAGUUGCAAGCUACAGAGCCAGGUCACGAGCAUAGCAUAGUUGAUUACAAUGGUGAUAUCAUGGCAGAUGAAUCAGAUAAUGCUUUAUCUAGAGUAAAAUCAUUGUCUGCAGUAGAGCCGAAAUACGGCCAGGUAUCAGAGCUAAUCCAACAUCAUAAUAUUCAUCCAAACGAUGCUGAAAUAACUCCGUUGGAGGCAGCCAAGGUUGAAAUAAGCGACGACUCUCUGGCAAACGUGGAUCCUCGUGCAUACAAAAACUUCUUAUUAUCCAGACCAGACCAUUUUGAAACCAACGCUAUCGCCCUCGUUAUUCAUUGUCUCGAAAAGGCAGUACAAAAAUAUGGCAUAGCAAAUAUGCCGUUAUUGCAUAUAGUGCAUCUUGCAUCAAUGGAGGCAGUUCCUAUAUUACAAAAUGCUAAAGAAAAAGGAUAUCCUAUAACAGCGGAAACAUGCUUCCAUUACUUAUCAUUGGCCGCUGAAAAUAUCCCAGAAUCAAAGACAUUCUAUAAGUGCUGUCCUCCAAUUCGCAGUGAGGAAAACAGACAAAGUUUAUGGAAAGCUCUUAGGGAAGGAAUUCUCACAUCUGUAGUAAGUGAUCAUUCUCCAUGCACACCAGAAUUGAAAAAUUUGGCGAAAGGUGACUUCUUCAGCGCUUGGGGAGGCAUUGCAUCCGUUGGACUUGGUUUGCCAUUAUUAUAUACUCACGGUGCAUCAAUUCAAGAAAUUAUUAGUUGGUGUUGCGAAAAUACCAGUAAACAGGUUGGAUUAGACCACAUGAAAGGUUAUCUAAAACCAGGUUAUGAUGCAGAUUUCGUUGUAUUUGACAUGUAUUCAACUCAAACGAUCUCUAACGAAAAAGUCUUCUUCAAGAACAAAUUAACAGCUUAUGACGGAACAAAUCUAAAGGGUAUUGUAAAAUAUACUUAUGUGAGAGGUAAUUUGAUGUUCCAAUAUGGAGGUGCGGGUCACAACAAAACGCCUCUAGGCAGAACGAUCUUAGAACGUAGAUCAUCGUAA